AGAGUGGAGAAAAUGUUGCAUCAGGGAAUUAUCCUGCGUGAGGGACAUGUAACCAGGACAAUAUACAAUCUGAUCAAAGACAAACGCUACGAGGAUGUAAUCGAAUGCAUCACCAGUUUCGGUGAGGCGGCCAACACAAGAGCCGGUCUGUCCACUUUGGGACAUUGUUACUACCACGCCCAGAAGUACGAGGAGGCGGCCACCUGCUACGAGCAACUCUGCCAGCUGGCUCCCAAGGAAGCCAAGUACAGAUUCUACUAUGCUCAGUCGCUCUAUCAGGCUGGCAUCUUUGCUGAAGCUUUGAGGGUUCUAAAGCAAAUUGGUGACCAGGAGGAUGAGCUGCGGGAGCAGUGCCUGCAGUUGCAGAGUGCAAUUCUCUACUCCAGCGAGGACUUUGCUGGUGCUCAGAGUCUGCUCAAUCAGCGAGCUGGCGGCACAGCGGAUACCCUUAACGAUGAGGGUUGCCUACUGUUCCAGGCGGACCAGCAUGAGGCUGCAGUGCAGCGGUUCCAGGCCGCUCUCCAAGUCGGGGGAUUCAAUCCCCUGGUGGCCUACAAUGUGGCCCUGGCCCAUUUCCAGCGGAAGCAGCGUGCCCAGGCAUUGGACUAUACCUCAGAGAUUGUGGAGCGGGGAAUGAGAAAUCAUCCAGAGCUGGGCAUUGGCGCCCAAGUGGACACCGAUGGCAGUGCCCGGAGUGUGGGCAAUCCCAUCACCAUGGCCGUUUCGGGCAUUACUCAGGCAUUGAAUCUUAAAGCAGCCAUCGAGUUUCAGGAUGGCAAUGAGGAGGCUGCGAGGGAUGCACUCUUGGAUCUUCCUCCGCGAGCUGAAAGUGAAUUGGAUCCGGUCACAUUGCAUAAUAUGGCUUUAACUGAUGUUCAGGGUCCGGUGGCGGGUUUAAGGAAGUUGGCUUUCCUUCUACAGCUAGGUGCUCCCUCUUGUCCCAAGGAGACUUUUGCUAAUAUCCUGCUGAUUUGCUGCCGUCAUGAAUUGUACGAGACUGCAGCUGAUAUCCUAGCAGAGCAUACAGAUCUCACUUACAAGUACUUGUCGCAAUAUUUGUAUGAACUUCUGGAUGCUCUUAUUACGGCACAAACUAGCGCCGAGUUGGCCGAGAAGAAGCUGGGCACCUUGGCCUCCAGUUUGGCCGGCAAGUUGCGCAGCUUGGCCGCCAAAGUCCAGGAGGUGAGAGCCACCAAUGAACAGCAGGCACUCAGGGAUGCCCUCAAGGACUAUGAACAGGCAUUGGAACUCUAUUUGCCUAUGGUGAUGGCUCGAGCUUGGAUCUCCUGGCGUGAUGACGACUUUGUGGGUGCCGAAAGGGAGUUCCAUUCGAGUGCCGAAUUCUGUUCGGAAAACUCCAUUUGGCGACUAAAUGCAGGACAUGUCCUCUUCAUGCAGGGCGACAAAUACAAUGAGGCAGCGGCCUUUUAUGAGCCCAUUGUUCGCCAGCAUUCGGACGAUAUCAUGUCCGUAUCGGCUGCGGUAUUGGCCAACCUGUGCGUAUCCUACAUCAUGACAUUCCAGAACGAGGAGGCCGAGGAGCUGAUGCGCAAAGUGGAAAAGGCCGAGGAGCUGAAGGGCAACCUGGGCAAGCAGUAUCAUCACCUGUGCAUAGUAAAUCUGGUGGUGGGCACUCUCUACUGUGCCAAGUCCAACUACGAGUUCGGCUUGUCCCGCAUCGCCCAUGCCCUCGAGGGUGGCUCGGGGAACAGGUUGUAUGCGGAUACCUGGUUGCAUGUGAAACGUUGCAUCCUGGGGCUACUCACCGGCAUGGCCAAGCAGAAUAUAAUCCUGCCAUAUGCCACUGUUCAGGAGGUUCUCAACUUUCUGCGAUAUUGCGAAGCCUACGGGCUCUUUACGCCGGCAAAUAUUUUUACUGCCACCGAACAGGUGCCAGAGGAGCCACUUACCAUUGGCCUGGAGUCCAGGAAAUUGCGUGUGCUAAUGCUUAAGCUAAGUGAAUAUGAACACUUUUAG